CUUCAACUGAGUGGCCACUCAAACUGAAAUAAACGCUUACUGUAAGCUAACGUUGAUUGUCAGCCGUUUGGUGACAUUAUUGCUUAAUAUGUAACGGCAGCUCAUCACACUGCGAUGGACCCGGAGGCCGCGUGUCACCCGAUGGAAGAACUCUAAUGCCGGUUGUGAAUCCUUUACUUCUUUCCUACGGAAUUUCACUCUGACGACUUCCCAGAUCAAAGGUCAUGUAAUUGUUGCUUCAGCGAAUGUAAUCUAUUGAAGGGCCUGAUUAUUUUAGGGGGUAAAUAUAUGAAAUAUAUCACAUGUCAUUGUUAAAUGAGAAAAGCCUUCGCAUGUUGUGUCAGACUGGCGAAUGUAUGCAAAUCUCAAGACGGUUGGUUUUGUUUGCAGAAGUGCUUUUAUGUUUAAGGACUUAAAUCUGUAAUUGCACUUGAAUUAACCACAAAGCCUUUAAAUCGUCCUUCAUCUCUAUCCGGCACGGGCGUGCGUUGUUGUUGCACGUUGUGGUGUAUUCUGCUGCAGAGGGAAUCCGUGCUGCUUGCAGCCGCACCUCAGUGCAAAGAGCUCUCAUUGAUUGCUGUUGCACAACACCGCGCGUUGUGUUUGCGCUCAGAGGUGCUACAGAUGUGUUUAGUGGUCUUGAUUCACAUUCCUAGUUGAGCAAUCGGAAUACUGUUUGGUGCAACACUCGCUCACGGGAGGUUCUGCUGUAGCUGCAGUCUGCUUAAACGGCUGAUGAAAGUUUUAUUACUGUGUGUGUGUGUGUGUGUGUGUGUGUGUGUCUGUUUGUUUUCCUCUGUUUACAAGCAGCAAACAACAUUAAACUCCGAACAAACGAUGUUCCUUCUGGUCAUUUUAUGGUUUUACGGUUUGUGCCCAUCGGCGCCAUGUUUUUGUUGUUAUUUUUCGCCACUAAUCUCUGGCACCAGCAGCAAACCUUUCAGUCACAGUAGGCUCCCGCCUGUGACGCACGGCCUGCUAUCUGACAUGGACCAUAUUUUACAAAACUAGUGUACAAUGUUUACUGAGCGAAUGUAUCAACACAAUCUGGUCAGUGGCGAGAAUUCCAAGUUUCAAGACACUUCCUCACUGGCUUCACUUUGCAGAAUCGGAGAUGCGCUUCCUGUUGCUGUUCAGCCGGCAGGGGAAGCUUCGGCUGCAGAAAUGGUUCACGCCGCUAACGGACCGCGAGAAGAAGAAGGUCAUCCGGGAUGUGAUGGCGUUGGUGUUGGCACGUCCCCCUCGCUCCUGCAACUUCCUCCAUUGGAGGGACAUCAAGGUGGUUUACAAGAGGUAUGCCAGCUUGUAUUUCUGCACGGGUCUGGAGGACCAGGACAACGAGCUGCUGACCCUCGAGGUGCUGCACCGAUACGUCGAGCUGUUGGACAAAUACUUUGGCAACGUUUGUGAGCUGGACAUCAUCUUCAACUUUGAGAAGGCUUACUACAUCCUGGACGAGUUCCUGAUGGGGGGAGAAGUUCUAGAAACAUCCAAGGUGGCAGUGAGCGUGUCCAUGGAGAACGCCGACACACUCCAAGAGACGAUGGAAGAAUACAUGAACAGACCCGCCUUCUGAGCCCCGAGAGGACCAGGGACACGAGAGGACCAGGGUCUCUCAAGACUCGAAGCCAAAGGUUUAUCGCUCCGCAUCAUUUCUGUUUCGUGGCUUUUAUUGACUCAAUUUUAUUUUUAAACCUGUUUCCAAUUAGUUGUUUAUACUUGUUUGGAUCUUUAAGGACAUCUUUAUCCAUCUCAGGGUUUUAUGACUGAAGUCAGUUUGUCAAAAUGCUGUUUUGUGUCUCUGGUAGUUGUGUGAUGAUAGUAAAUGAAGAAACACGACACAGUAGGGAAAAAAUAAAGUCAAUGCUUUAUUCACCUCAGGUAUGUCACAUAUGAGCACAUUUACAAAACAAAUAUAAAAUUAAAAUAAAAAACACAAGUAAUCUAUGGGAUCCAACACUGA